AGGAACUCCGUCAGACGGGGCUGUUGCGUCAUCAAUAACACAGUUCAUUUAUAAAUAUUUCGACAUUCUCACUACGGUAAUCAACUGAUAAAGUUGUGAAUAUCACAGAUAAUUAAUACAUAUUGAUUCAUCAAAUGUGAUAAACGAUUCCUAGGCUUCAAAGUGUUGAUACGACGAUUCUAAUUAAGCCUGGACAAAGACAAUUAAAAAGACUGAUCGAAUAUGGGUGUUUCUUGUGUGAUAAGUCUAAAAGCACCACCUGGGGGUGUGUUUUUAGCAGGCAGUGUGGUUACAGGCGAAAUUACAUAUUCAGUCAAUGAAAACACAGUAAUUAAACGAAUAACUAUGUCUCUUAAAGGCAUAGGUACCGUCCGCGUUGUUAUGUCCUCGUACAAGAGACAACAUACGACAUUCAACAAAGAAAGGUACGUUGAUAAUAACGAAAUUAUCCUCGACAAAGGUGAUCAACAUGGUACAACACUAAAUGCUGGUUCUUACAACGCUCCCUUUAAAUUCGUAAUACCUGAGAAAGUGCCUCCUUCCACCAGAGCAUCUAGACGAGAAGGCAACUACAGACUGAAAUAUAAAAUAGCAUAUUUUGUAUCCAUGAAAUUCGAGAGACCUGGAUUUAUGGCCUUCCCAAAACGCUUCAGGAAAGAAAUUCAAGUCAAAUCAGACAUAACACCAACGUUACCACGGGAGCCUUUGACGUACGGAGAACAAAAGAAAUUGUUUCAUCCAUUCUCUAGUACUGAUUCUAUAGUCCAUAUAAAAUCAACAAUUUUGGACUCGGUUGUGAAAGCAGGGGAUAUUCUGCAUUUUGAAUAUGAAGUUUCAAAUAAAAGUCACCUCGCAAUAUUAGCGAUGCAAACGAAAAUUGUUGAAAUGAUAACACCUAAGAAACGAAGAAAGCAUAUAACCUUCAAACACGAUAUGCCUGGCACAGAUGCUAAGCAGAGACGCAUUGAAGUAGGGGAAACACCACAACUCUUUGUAGAUAUUAAAAUUCCAGCCGACGCUCUAACUAUCGACACGUGUGAGCUAGCUACGAGAAAAUACGGUAUUUGUAUCACAGCAAUAUUACCAUUGCCUCAUUUAAAUCUACAAUUAUUAAUACCAAUUGAGGUUUUAAUGAAACGGGAUACAGUUAUUAGAGAGAAUGAUGCGCCGCCUUCGUAUUGGGAUGUAAUGCGUGAAGAGAAAAAUAAAUUAGAAAGCUUGUUUGAAUAAGCGAACAUGUGCAUCUGUAUUAGUCGACGAAACAGCGUAGAUAUAUAUAAUAAUAAUUGUUAAUAUACGGACCGAAUACCAUAAAUACUUACAUCUAAAACGCUAAGUUAAUGAGGUUUACUUUCUACAUCGAUCUGUUUUCACUUCUUGUUUACGAUAAUAUUUGUAUAUGUAAUCUUCGCUUGUAAACAGUGUGUAAAAAACGUGUGCGAAUCGAGUCACGAGUGCAUUUAGUCGAUUUGUGAUAGUUUCAUAAUUAAAAUGCAGAUGGCGCUAUUCCAAAAUCUGUAUAUUAAGAUAGAAUAGACACAAACAUUUAUUGACCAUGGAUACAAACCACACUUAUACAAAUAAGAAAUAAAAUGAAAGAAAGAAAAAAAUUAUGAUUAAUUGCAAAAAUAUAGACUUAAACAAUUUAAGUACUAAAUCUAACUAAUUCUAGUCUUAAAUCCUAUCCUACUAAUAUCAUAAAUGCAAAAGUUUGUAAGGAUGUGUGUGUGUUUGUUGCUCUCUCACACAACAACUACUGAAUCGAUUGCAUUAAAAUUUGGUACGUAGACAGCUGAAUAACUGGAAUAACAUAUAGGCAACUUUUUAUCCCGAUAUUCCUACGGGAUACGGACUGACGCGGGUGAAACCGCGGGGCGCACCUAGUAUAACAUAACAGAAACACUGUGUGGUAAGGUCCAUUAUCAAGAAAUAUUGUAAAAAUUUACCAAAACAGCUUAAAUCGAAACUGCUAUUAACGAAAAUUAUUAUUAAUUUUGUACGAUUCUUUAAUUUAACUACUAUCCGGUACCUAUAAAAUUUUAUAGUUUAGUUAUUUCAAUAAAAGACUGCAUUUGUAUUUUAUUAUUAAAAAUAACAACUAUAUACUUAUUCUUAGUGUCUCAUUUUUAACUUCUUAUUUUUGAUGUUUGUCGUGACAUCGUAGCUCUCAAAC